AAGUUACACCUGGUAGUUUUUAUCGAUCCACCUGUUCAACAUUAAAUUCGCCGAAAGACACUUUGAGGCUGAAUGUUCCGCUUCGUGUGACAGGUGCAGGUGUCCGGGGAGGAAGAGGAAGGUCAGCGCAGAGUGGACGAGGAAGACCGAACCCCGCCGCCGGAGUGUGGACUUAGCAGGUCAGUUGUUGUGAGAGGAGGAACCUCGGGGUUGGAGCCAUGUUGUCGGCCGAGGAGAUUGUGUGCAGCACGCAGCAGGUGAUCACAGGGUUGGAGGCACUGAGAGGAGAGAACCGUGGUCUUCUGGAGAGCCUGCAGGGGGCGAUGGAGAGCCGGCCGGCGUCAGAGAGCGGCGGCGUGGAGCAGGAGAAGAGCGGCAUCGUUCGCCAGUCACUGGAGAGGAUAGAGCUGGGGCUGAGCGAGGCACAGGUGAUGGUGGCCUUGUCGGCUCAUCUCAGCUCGCUGGAGGCGGAGAAACAGAAGCUGCGAGUUCAGGUGCGUCAUCUCCACCAGGAGAACCAGCAGUUGAGGGACGAGCUGGGUGGCGCUCAGCAGCGGCUGCAGGAGACGGAGCAGGAGGCGGUCACCCUGGAGGAGCAGAACAGACACCUGCAGUUCAUGUCCUCGUUACUCAAAUAUGACCAGGAGGAGCUGCAGCUGGAUGACAAAGACACGACCUCCAACAAGGAGUCUGUGGAUGACCUCUUUCCUAGUGAGGAUGUGGAGCAGUCACAGAUGCGUCAGCUUCACCACAGCAGUGCAGCAGCUGCAGCCCAGCAAGGCGGCUACGAGAUUCCUGCACGCCUCCGAACGUUGCACAACCUGGUCAUCCAGUACGCAUCCCAGGGACGAUACGAGGUCGCUGUACCACUCUGCAAACAGGCUUUGGAAGACCUGGAGAAGUCCUCAGGCCACACCCACCCAGAUGUAGCCACCAUGCUGAACAUACUGGCGCUGGUGUACAGAGACCAGAACAAGUACAAAGAAGCAACGAACCUGCUGAAUGAUGCGUUGGCGAUCAGGGAGAAAACUCUUGGAUUGGACCACCCAGCUGUGGCAGCAACACUCAACAACCUGGCAGUGCUUUAUGGGAAAAGAGGAAGAAACAAGGAAGCUGAGCCACUGUGUAAACGAGCUCUGGAGAUCAGAGAGAAGGUUCUGGGCACAGACCACCCCGAUGUGGCCAAGCAGCUGAACAACCUGGCCCUGCUGUGUCAGAACCAGGGGAAGUACCAGGAGGUGGAACAGUACUACGAACGUGCUCUGCACAUCUACCAGAGCAAACUGGGACCGGACGACGCCAAUGUAGCCAAGACCAAGAACAACCUGGCAUCAUGCUACCUGAAGCAGGGAAAAUACGGACAAGCUGAAGCUCUGUACAAAGAAAUUCUGACCAGAGCCCAUGAAAAGGAGUUUGUAUCUGUAGCAGGUGACGGUCAUCCCACCUGGUCCGGCACCGCGGACGGCGGCGGCAUGAAGCGCAGCGGCUCCUUCACCAUGCUCAGGGAGUCGAUUCGCCGGAGUAGUGAGAAACUGGUCCGCAAGCUGAGAGGCAUCGCAGUGGAGGAAACAACCCCAAGGAAUGCUGGGAUGAAGAGGGCAAACUCUCUGAACGUGUUAAAUGUUGGUGCCAGAGAGAGUCAGGACAGCGCUCAGUCGAGCCGUUUGACAAACAUUCGAGGCCUGAGCUCCAGCACCCAGAACUUGACGAGACGAGGUUCACUCAGUGGAACCAGCUAACGCGCGCACACACACACACACACACACACACACACACUUUCUACUGAAUAUACAUCACAGGACAUUGUUAGCAGAAAUCAACCCCCAGCCCUGUAGCAGUCGCUCCGAUCAGAUACACCAAAUAGAUUCCCACAAGAAAAACUAAGAUAGUUGUCAAAAUGUGCCUGGCACAUGCAUCUUAUUGAUCCGUUGCUUUAAAAUGGGUCUUUACAGUUUUCUUCAUCCUGGAGGAAAUUUAAGUUUGAAUAACAAAGACUUGUUUGUCUCCAGUGAUGAUAAGGGGGCGAGUCACAUAUCGACUGUAUCUUGACAUUUACCUUUUACCUUCCUGGGUAGAUUAGAAACUAUUUCAGCUUCCUGAUCAUGAGUUAACCAUUGACUUAAGGAUUUUUGUGUUUAAUAAAAAGUUAAACACAUAAAAUACUACCAGUGUUUACACUGUAGGAAAAUAUUUGCAGGUUAAAUACAGUUUAUAGUAAUCUGCAAUAAAAAUCAGUUUUGGGUACAGUUAGAUUAACGGCACUAAAAAAGUUAUCAAAUGAUGUUAAACAGGCUCAUUGAAGAUUUUUAAAAACAAAUCUUAAAUUUUUCUUGAAACGCAAUGAUCAAAAUGUAAAUAGCACAUUUGGUUGACAAGGGAGAUGUUUAAGCUAUGAAGUUUAUAUUACAUUUAUUUAAAAUGUGGUCAGUUUUCCUUUACAAUGUGCAGAUUACAUUUCCAGAAAAACACAAGUGUGUUUACUCCAGCUGUUUUGUCAUUCCACAUGAUUCAAAUUAGGACAAACUAAAAUCCUGACUUUAAAGAGAUUUAUUCACUUGAUAUAUUCUCAAAGUUAAGAGUAAAAAUUGAUCAAGCGACAUUCCUAAAUGUCCUAAAGUAUAUAUUAAAAAUUCUGCUAACUAAUUUAUUUACUAGUUACAUUUUUAUUGAGAUUUUAACUGUCUAGCCUAUUCAGAAAAUAGCUAAAAGCUACACAGACACCCAAAAUUACUGGUGUACCCUAGUCUGUCAUUUAGCUAAACAUUCCUAAAAUCCAGCAAACAAGGAAAACCACUAAUAUAAAGGUCAACUAGCUUUUAAUGAUGUGUAGAUUU